ACUAUAUGGUUCAGUUCAUCACGCACACUCGUACACAUUCUUUGUAUCUGUGUCUCUCUCUCAGGUUCCCUCCGCAUGAGGCCUUGAUCCAAGUUCGUUCCUUUUCGCUUUUGCAAUCUCCGAAAGCACGUAGCCAAAUCUGGGUAUUUGUUUAUUGACCGAGUCUUAAGUUUAAAAGCCUCUGAUUGAUGGGCCUUAACCUUCGUGUUCUUCUUCUAUGGCAAUGGCAAAUGCAAUCUCAAACCCUUUCUCUGCUUUUCUCUUUCUCAACUUGAUCCUUCACAGGCCACUCAUUACUGCUCUUGAUCUUUUACUCAUCUUCCUCCAUACCCUCUUAUAGCUAUCACUUUUGUUUCACACAGACAAAAAAUUGUGACUUUUUCUGUAUUAUUUGUUGGGUUUUUGUUUUCUUUUUGUAAUUUUUCUGUGGAAAAAUAUUCAAUCUUUAUUGUGAAUCCGAACACCCUUUUGAAUUUUAAUGGCAUCGGUGUUUGUGUACCAUGUGGUGGGGGAUCUGACGGUGGGGAAACCGGAGUUGGUGGAGUUUCAUGAGACUGAGACUGUGGAAUCUGCGAUUAGGGCAAUAGGGGAAUCCCCUGAGGGAAGCAUACCAAUCUGGAAGAAGAAAUCUCAUGUGGGUAUUGAGAACAGUGAUAUGAGACAGCAGAGGUUUAUUGGCAUCCUUAGUUCCUUUGACAUAGUUGCGUUUUUGGCUAAGAAUCAGUGUUUGGAGGAUCAGGAUAAGGCCUUGAAGACACCUGUUUCUGAGGUUGUUGUUCCAAAUAAUUCUCUGCUCAGGCUUGUUGACCCUGCAACAAGGUUGAUAGAUGCACUGGACAUGAUGAAGCAAGGUGUGAAACGUUUGCUUGUUCCAAAGAGUGUAGCAUGGAAGGGCAUGAGUAAACGAUUCUCAGUUAUCUACUAUGGCAAGUGGCUCAAGAAUAAUGAAACUCCUAGCAGCAGCAGCAGCAACAACAAUCUAUCUGCAAACUUUAAUCGAAUCCCCUCAUCUUCCUGUGCACCUAUCCCUGAUAAGUAUUGCUCUCUCUCUAGAGAAGAUGUACUCCGUUUUAUCAUUGGUUGUCUUGGAGCUCUAGCUCCACUUCCUCUCACUUCCAUUGCUGCCCUUGGAGCAAUUAAUUCAAACUACAAUUAUAUUGAAUCUUCCACUCCAGCCAUUGAAGCAACUCAGAAGCUUCCUCAAGAUCCCAGUGCAGUUGCAGUAAUAGAAAGCACACCAGAUGGUGAGUGUAAGAUCAUUGGAGAAAUUUCAGCAUGUAAGUUAUGGAAAUGUGAUUACUUAGGCGCAGCAUGGGCUUUAGCCAAUCUCUCAGCCGGACAGUUUGUUAUGGGAGUUGAAGAUAAUGUUAGCUCGAGGUCACUGCCUGAGUUCUGUGUGAAUUCAACUGCUGGAGACAAUAAUUUAGCUAAUGGUAGUUCAAGAAAACCAAGGAAAUUCAGUAGCAGGAGUAUUGGAUUCUUCAGUGAUUCUUCAAGUCAUAGUUUUGGUUCAAGGAGCAUGUAUAGGGGUAGAAGCGCGCCUCUGACAUGUAAAAUCACUAGUUCAUUGGCUGCUGUCAUGGCUCAGAUGCUAUCCCACAGGGCAACUCAUGUUUGGGUGACUGAGGAUGAGAGCGACGAAGUUUUAGUUGGUGUGGUGGGAUAUGCUGAUAUUUUGGCUGGUGUAACCAAACCUCCUACAGCAUUCAUUCCAGCAAAUAGAUCAUCUUCAGAGGGGUUUGGAAAUGAAAUUCAGUGUUGAAUUUUAACUUCCAAUUUUUUUCCAUGAGUUCUUUUAGCAGUUUGUCUCUUUGGUGCUCAAUCAUCUCAUAUAGUCAGAGUGAAAGUGGAUUAUGGUUGUUUAUUUAAGUUUGUGUUAAUUGAUAAUAAAAAGGAAUGGGCAGUGUGUACGUGAAAUGAAUAAACUAUUUGCUUCUACCUUCAAUGGAAUAGUAUGUGAUCAGAGGAAGAGAUUACUUCUUCCAAUGAUCCUUACAUCUUACUAGUUGCAUACUUUAUUUUGAGAUGAAAUCAUCUUAUUGCUUGUCAGGUCAGGGAACAUGGCUCACCAACCUCAAAGAUGGUUUAAAAGUUCAGUUUAAUGCAGCCAUAUCUGUUCAAGAAGCUCGGGUAGCAGCUGUUUUGUCCAACCAUAAAGGUAAGUUUAUAGGAGUUAAUCACUACUAUUCCUUCAGAGGCACUGGUUGGUGAUGUUUUCCUAAAAAUUACAACAUUUGUUUUGAGGGAGAUUUUGAACUAGUUAUAAGUUAUAACAUGAUUGAAUGACCUGGGAAAUUAUAUGGAUUGGUCUAUUAAGCCAAUCUGUCAUUGACAAACUUGGUAGAAUGAACUAUUGGGGGUUAAGAAAUUGAUAGGAACUAAACUAUUGGUCUGGAAGUUUGAUGAUGAAAUAAUCAGAAUAAUGUCUUUUUAAGGUGAUGGUCAUGUCUUGUCAGAAAUAUUGAUUAAUGCCAAUUUUGUGGCUAUAU